UGUGGAUCGCUGCAGCAAGUAACGCUGGUUACCUACAUUCAAACGUGGUGCGCUACAUGUCAAAAGUUGCGGAAGAAACAUGUGACAGCCCCUGGUUUUAAGGAUUAUCAAGAGGUGGGGAUUCGUCGUCCAUGCGCGACUGAAUGUUCUACAGCUUAGUAAAGUGACGAGAUAACGUUGGCUACAACGUUAGCCUAGCCGGGUUAGCUAGCGUUAGCUGUUUCAGCUCGUGCAGCUCCCAGAAUUCUCCAAAUUCCCCUCUUUGUGUCUGAUUUUGUGCCGCAUGAACUCAGCCUACAGUCAUGGGCCCAGACAUCCCGUCUGUGUCUAAAACCGAAUCCUCAGAAGGAAGUCCCAGGGAAGUUGUCUCUGAGUCAGAUUCCUUAGAGGUUUCAACCCCCACUGAGCCAGAUAACUCCAAACAACCAGAGAGCAACAUCUCAGACAAGUGUUUCCCUUGCCCCGUUUGCGGUAAGGUAUUUGACAGGCCGUCAAAGCUAGACAGGCAUAAACCUGUACACUCGAGGAAGCCUAAGACUCUUCAUCAGUGUCAGCAUUGUGAUAAGACUUUCACCCAACAAGAGAAGCUGAUCCGACAUCAGAAUUGCCACAACAGAACUAACAAGCACCCCUGUCCCGAAUGUGGAAAAGUAUUCAACAGACCGUCAAAGUUAGAGAGGCAUAGGCGUACGCACUCGAAGAAGCCGAAGGUGCCUCAUCAGUGUUCAUACUGCAAGAAGACGUUCAGUAAGCUUAACAAACUUGUCCGUCACCAACGAAUGCACACUGGCGAGAAGCCUUUCACCUGCUCGGUGUGUGGCAAAGGAUUCUCUGAGUCAGGCCAUUGCAAAGCACAUGAAAGGACUCACGAGGAGCAGCCAGAAAAACCUCACUGCUGCGUGCACUGUGGGAUGUGUUUCUUCAAGGCUUCAGAGCUUCGUCGGCAUUUCCGCUCUCACACAGGAGAGAAACCUUUCAGAUGCACCUUGUGCGAGAGCUGCUUCUCUCGCUCAGAGGGGCUUAAACGACACAUGAGGAGCCACACGGGGGAAAGACCUUAUAAAUGCCAUAUCUGUGGGAAAAGAUUUUAUUCUCGUCAGGACUUAAAUAUUCAUGGCUUGACACACUCGGGAGAGAAACCACAUCUUUGCCCAGUCUGCGGUAAAGGCUUCUCGCAGCUGGGCAAUAUGAAAGAGCAUGAGCAAAAUGUUCAUGUCAAGUCAGAGAAGUACAUUUGUAAUGAAUGUGGAGCGACCUUUACACGGUACAAGUCACUGACAAAACAUCAGAGGACACACACGGGAGAAAGACCUUAUCUCUGCCUCACUUGUGGUCGCAGGUUUUCAUGGAGUCAUUCUCUGAGCAGACACCAGAGGACGCACACACACAGAACUAUGAGCUUAUCUCAGGACAGUUUAGGUUUUGAAGGACCUUCUGAGAAUCCCAGCAGUUAAAGACAGGGGUGAAAAUUGUCACAAACAUUCCAUUCAAUUAUAUAAAACAUACCUCUAUUGUUAAUUGAAAGGUUUUUAAAUUAAUGUGCCUCCACGUAUUAUGUUAAUUGCAUCACCAAGAUAUGUUCCAAACAAAUAAACGCUCAGUAGAAAAAAUGUAAAUGAUAUUCACAGUGAGAUUGUCAACAUGGUAAUAAUGGGAACACACUAAUAUAAGUGUAGGUUAAAUGAACAAUGAACACAAUGGCCUCAUACAAUAUAUUUUGUCAUUUGUUCAAAUGUUUUUUUGUUGUGUAAAGAUGUGAACUGAACCGAUCUCAUCGUCUAAAACAUACUGUACUUAUCUAUACAACUAAAAAUACACGUUUUUUAAUGAGCUGUGCUAUUAAAAUGUAUUUUAUUGUAUUUAUUAACAGUAGUUAAUACAUAGUUUUAUGAAAUGACCUAACUUAGUUUUAAUCUUAUGGGUACUUUAUACAAGUAAUAAACAUAAAGACAAUGUCA